AUGGAGGCUCUUUCUGCGCUUACAAACGGCGCCAUCUCAGCUGAUGCAGGAGCCCCGUCGUCGACGGCUGUGUCUACAAAGGCAAUCGUCCUUGGCGUGUGCGCAAUGGACGUAAAAGCUCGCUCAAGAGCUAUGCAAGAGAUCUUGACCCGCUUCGUUGAGCGCGGCGGACCGCUCGUCGAGGUCAAGGUUUUUGGUGAUAAAGUCAUACUCGACGAAGACGUGCAAAAUUGGCCCAGAUGUGACGUGUUAAUCUCGUUCUUCAGCAAGGACAAACUCGUUGAAUUUCCUCUCCUCAAGGCUGUUUCCUACGCCAACCUUCGCAAGCCGUUCUGCAUCAAUGACCUUUCGAUGCAAUCUAUCCUCUGGGACCGUCGGAUCGUAGGCCGGAUGCUCGAUCAUCUCGGUGUCCCGACACCCCGGCGAGUUGAGGCGAGCCGCGAUGGUGGACCUAGGAUCCCGGACGGGUUUCGGGAACAGGUUGAAAAGAGAUUGGGGUUCGAGCUUCCACAGAACGUUCCACCGGCCAAGGUCCAGCUGCGAGAGGAUGGAAACGCCAUUAUCGUUGACGGUGUAGUCAUCGAGAAGCCUUUCGUUGAAAAGCCCGUGAGCGGAGAGGAUCAUGACGUCUAUGUCUACUUUAGAGACGGAAAGGGUGGCAGGAAGCUAUUCCGCAAGGUCGGGAACCAGUCCAGCGAGCUCGAUCCAGACUUGAUUGCGCCUCGGACGGACAAGUCGUAUAUCUAUGAAGAGUUUAUCGACGUGGACAAUGCCGAAGAUAUCAAGGUCUAUACAGUUGGCCCAAACUACACGCAUGCGGAAACUCGCAAAUCUCCUGUUGUAGAUGGCGUCGUCCGUCGCAACACGGAGGGGAAAGAGAUUCGUUUCAUCACUCGCCUAUCAGAUCAGGAGAAAGACUGGGCGGCUCGCAUCUGUCAAGGUUUUGGGCAAAGGGUUUGCGGCUUUGACCUCCUCCGCUGCGGCAAUGGUGCAAGAAGCCUGGUAAUCGAUGUAAACGGCUGGAGUUUUGUCAAAGGAAACGAUUCAUACUACGAUAAAGCCGCCGACAUUCUGCUGGAUAUCAGCAAACGCCUUAUGGCCUCCCCUCUGCGCGCACAGUCCAUCUCUGAACAGGCGAAAACACCAGAGGCGCCCUCAUGGAAGCUCAAGGCCAAUGUGACCGUCUUUCGUCACGCCGAUCGGACUCCCAAGCAGAAGCUAAAAUACAACUUUCCUAUCACCGAAGCAUGGGCUCAGCCAUUCGUUCGACUGCUGAAUGGUGAGAGAGAGGAGAUAAUCCUUCGAGAAAGAGAACAAUUGGAGACUAUUGCCACGGCUAUUGAGGAAGCGAGAGAGCUGGGUGCGAUUGGGGAGGACCUUGGAAAACUCUCCGCUCUCAACAAUGCGCUUUUCAAAAAGAUUGAUCUCCCGGGGACUAAAGCGCAACUAAAGCCGGGCUACCACAAGAAUAAGGGAGCCGGAACGCGGAAGCUGGACAAGCUCACCCUCGUCCUGAAAUGGGGAGGCGAGUUUACGCAUGCAGCGAGGUAUCAGUCGCGUGACUUAGGCGAGAACAUGCGGCGGGAUAUUUCAAUCAUGAACAAGGAAUGCUUGAACAAUGUUAAAAUAUACACGUCUUCCGAACGACGCGUUACGGCAUCGGCAGAAAUCUUUGCGGCGGCGCUUUUGACGCCUUCAGCAGCUCAGCAACAACGUGAGCAACAGCAUCAAAAUGGAACCACAUCGAGUUUGUAUCCUUCUGUUCAAUCGAAUCAACAGCAGGUCACGUCACCUAUUGCUAUCAGUCCGGCGGCGAGCUCCUCUCCGUCACAUCACAGGGAGCACAGCAUCAUUAGCUCGCUUUCCUCUUUCGCUAAUGCCGUUGUUCACAAUCUACCAGGAAAUCACAAAGACACGACGAUAUCACUGGACGGGCCCUCUGCUUCGCCGUCUGCUGCGACAUUCUCCACGUCGUUGUCCACUGCUGUCGACCCCCUGUCAAACUCACCGCGCAUCUCUGACCGUUCAUCAUGGUCGAAUGCCACGGCCGAUCGAAGCACCAAGGACGAGAAAACGGCCACGGCCCUACAACUCAUCAUUCGAAAGGACCUUUUGGACGAUUCUAAUGAAGCCAAAGAUCUGAUGGAUGAAGUGAAAAAGCGUCUUAAGAUUCUCCUUCGCCCAGGUGAGCCGGAUAGGCGACCACAGCUGACUUGGCCAAAGAACUUGAGAAAAGAGCCAGUGGAAGUCGUCGCGGAGGUGAUCGAGCUGUUAUCCGGCUUUCGAGAGACAAUGAGACACAACUUUGAAACGAUGGACACAGAUAAGAUUCAACAAAGAUGGUGCUGUGGUGAUGAGCCAUGGCUCUUCCGGGAAAGAUGGGAAAAGCUAUUUGAAGACUUUUGCGACGUCAAGCAGGAAAAGUUUGAUCCUUCGCGAGUAUCCGAACUCUACGAUACACUCAAAUAUUGCGCAUUGCAUCAUCGCACCUUUCUAUUUGCUAUCUUCGGCGAAAAGCCAGAGAGAAAGCCCGCCACCCAAAAGGAAACUACACGAGCUCUACUCGAGAGCAAAGGCUCUUUUGAUCUGGUGGCUCCACAGGAAUAUGGAAUAGAACCCUGGGAAAAGUACGCCGACGAGGAGAUUGGCGUUCUUACUUCGUUACCACUACUCAGGAAUAUUAUCAAGGACCUUGAGAAUGCUAGGAACAGUGGCGAGGGUUCCCUGAAUCUCUAUUUCACAAAGGAGUCACACAUACACACAUUGCUUAAUCUCGUGCUUACUUCGGGCCUCCCUAUUGCCAAUCCAAAGAUACCAGAAUUGGACUAUUGCUCUCACUUGACGUUUGAGCUGUACGAGCGAGGUGUUGGGUCGAGCAAGUCGGACAAGGAGUUUUCGAUCAAGCUCAGUCUUUCUGAGGGUGCCCACUCAUCGAACGUGCUUGACUCGGCAAUCGACGCACGGCAUGCACUCAACGUGCAAGGCAGAAAACGCUUGACAAGCCACCUAGCUUACAGCCUAGUGAUUGAGAAGCUUUCAAAGCACUUUUCGCGGGUGCCUGACGAAUACGAUACUGAACCACCAGAUACUCCCAUCUACCGUUCAGCACUCGGGUUCUUGACACCAGCAGAUGUGAGCAGUAGUGACGCGACGGAGCUAUAG